AUGGCUUCAGUUUGGAAGAGACUGCAGCGAGUUGGAAAACAUGCCUCAAAGUUCCAGUUUGUGGCCUCCUACCAGGAACUUAUGGUUGAGUGCACUAAGAAGUGGCAACCAGAUAAACUGGUAGUUGUUUGGACAAGAAGAAGUCGAAGAAAAUCUUCUAAGGCUCAUAGUUGGCAACCUGGAAUAAAAAAUCCAUACCGCGGUGUGGUCGUGUGGCCUGUUCCUGAAAACAUUGAAAUCACUGUGACUCUUUUUAAGGAUCCACAUGCUGAGGAAUUUGAAGACAAAGAAUGGACAUUUGUCAUAGAAAAUGAAUCUCCAUCAGGACGUAGAAAAGCACUUGCUACUAGCAGCAUCAAUAUGAAACAGUAUGCAAGCCCUAUGCCUACACAGACUGAUGUCAAGUUAAAAUUCAAGCCAUUGUCUAAAAAAGUUGUAUCUGCUACUCUUCAAUUUUCAUUAUCUUGUAUUUUUCUUCGUGAAGGAAAAGCCACAGAUGAAGACAUGCAAAGUUUGGCCAGUUUGAUGAGUAUGAAGCAGGCUGACAUUGGCAAUUUAGAUGACUUUGAAGAAGACAAUGAAGAUGAUGAAGAGAACAGAGUGAACCAAGAGGAAAAGGCUGCAAAAAUUACAGAAAUUGUAAACCAGUUGAAUGCUCUGAGCAGCUUAGAUGAAGAUCAAGAUGACUGCAUAAAGCAAGCAAAUAUGCCUUCAGCUAAAUCAGCCAGUUCUUCUGAAGAACUUAUCAACAAGCUUAAUUUUUUGGAUGAAGUAGAACAAGAUUUUACUACUUUGAGUUCAAAUCCUUUUGGUGAUCCUGAUGUAGCUGAAUUAAACCCAUUUGGAGAUCCUGAUUCAGAAGAACCAGCUACUGAAAAAACUUCAUCUAAAAAACUAGAAGAGUCUUUUUAUAAUGAUAGCUACAAUCCUUUUAAAGAAGUACAGGCUCCACAGUACUUGAAUCCAUUUGAUGAGCCAGACCCUGAACCAGAAACUUUUGUAACUAUAAGAGAUUCUCCUCCCCAACCAACAAAAAGAAAAAAUUUAAGGCCUGUGGAUAUGAGCAAAUAUCUUUAUGCUGAUAUUUCCAAAACUGAAGAAGAAGAGUUGGAUGAAUCAAACCCUUUUUAUGAACCCAAACUAACUCCUACUCCAAAUAAUUGGGUGACUCCAGCUCCAGAACCAGAAUCUGAAAAGAAAAUGAAAAGAAAGGCCCCUGAGCCACCAGGACGCUUUCCAAAGACAGAAGGAAGGAUAAGUGAGAAUACUGUUGUUUCUGUAGGAGCAGAUCUCUCAUCUUCUCCUAAGCCAAGCCCUAUACCAAGUCCUGUUUUGGGGAAAAAGCCAAAUGCUAGUCAGUCACUGCUUGUAUGGUGCAAAGAAGUUACCAAAAACUAUAGGGGAGUGAAAAUCACCAAUUUUACUACAUCCUGGAGAAAUGGCUUAUCUUUUUGCGCAAUAUUACACCACUUUAGACCAGAUCUGAUUGACUACAAGUCCCUGAAUCCUCAAGAUAUUAAAGAGAACAACAAAAAGGCAUACGAUGGAUUUGCAAGCAUAGGAAUUUCCCGGUUAUUGGAACCUUCUGACAUGGUUUUGUUAGCAAUUCCUGACAAAUUGACUGUUAUGACUUACCUUUAUCAAAUAAGGGCCCAUUUCAGCGGUCAAGAAUUAAAUGUUGUUCAGAUAGAGGAGAAUAGCAGUAAAAGCACAUAUAAAGUGGGAAACUAUGAAACUGAUACCAACAGUUCUAUAGAUCAAGAAAAGUUCUACGCAGAACUUAAUGAUUUGAAUCGGGAUCCUGAAUUCCAGCCCCCUAACAGUGGAGCAGUAGACUUCAUAUCUCAGGAUGAUUCUGUAUUUGUAAAUGAUAGUGGUGUUGGAGAGUCAGAGAGUGAGCAUCAGACUCCUGAUGAUCAUCUAAGUCCAAACACAGCAUCUCCUUAUUGUCGAAGGACUAAAAGUGACCCAGACCCACAAAAAUGCCAGCAAAGCUUGGGAAGGACUUCAGGAUAUGAGGAAGCUGGAAUAUAUACCCAUACAGAUUCUACACAAGCACAGAUUUUGUUGAGCAAGAAGAAAUUGCUAAAAGUUGACACUUUAGAAUUGAGUGACUUAACACAUAGCAGUGAUAAAAAAAAAGAUGCAUCUCCACCCUUUGCUUAUGAGGAACUUAACAGGCAAAGGCAUCAUUCUGUAGAAGUUACUGGUAGUAAUCUGGAAGAAGAAAAAUUGGUAUCUUCAGACUCCUCAGAGAACAAGAGGCCAGAGCCUGAGUCUCCUAUAAAAAAAUCAAGUUUAUCUCCCACUUCCAAACUUGGAUACUCUUACAACAGGGAUGUAGACCUUGCAAAGAAAAAACGUGCUACUCUGAGACACACUGAGUCUGAUUCUGAUACAGAAAGAACAUUUUUAAAUCAUUCAGACCAUUCUGCAAAAACAGCUCAGCAGCGAAUCUUAUCAAGACAAGAAGAACUUAAGGAAAGAGCAAGAGUUCUGCUGGAACAAGCAAGAAGAGAUGCAGCUUUAAAGGCUGGGAAUAAGCAGAUAAACAGCACAUCUACCCCAGUGCACAAUAAGCAACUGAGUGAUCAGCAAGAUGAAGAGCGACGUCGGCAGCUGAGAGAGCGAGCUCGUCAGCUAAUAGCAGAAGCUCGAUCUGGAGUGAAGAUGUCAGAACUUCCCAGCUAUAGUGAAAUAGCUGCAGAAAAGUUGAAAGAAAGGUCAAAGGCAUCUGGAGAUGAGGAUGAUAAUAUUGAGAUAGAUACUAACGAGGAGACUCCUGAAGGCUUUGUUUUGGGAGUUGGUGAUGAACUUACUAACUUAGAAAAUGACCUUGAUUCUCCUGAACAAAACAGUAAAUUGGUGGUGGAUUUGAAGGUGAAGAAGCAACUAGAAGCUCAGCCACAGGUGGCAAAUUCCCUCUGCAGCACUACUCAGAAAACUGUGACUGAUGACUCGGAGCAAGAUAUAAAGAAUGGGACAGAAGAUCACCGAGCUGAGCAAUCACAAAAAGCAACAGAACGUUUUAGAAAUCCUGUUGUGUUUAACAGAGAUUCUACUGUCAGAAAAACUCAACUUCAGUCAUUCAGUCAGUAUGUGGAGAACAGACCAGAGAUGAAAAGGCAGAGAUCAAUACAGGAAGAUACAAAGAGAGGAAAUGAGGAGAAGACGGCGAUAACUGAAACUCAGAGGAAGCCAUCAGAAGAUGAAGUGCUUAAUAAAGGGUUCAAAGACACCAGUCAGUAUGUUGUGGGAGAGUUGGCAGCACUAGAGAAUGAGCAAAAGCAAAUUGACACGCGUGCCGCGCUGGUGGAGAAGCGCCUCCGCUAUCUCAUGGACACAGGAAGGAACACAGAAGAAGAAGAAGCUAUGAUGCAAGAAUGGUUUAUGUUAGUUAAUAAGAAAAAUGCAUUAAUACGAAGAAUGAACCAACUCUCUCUUCUGGAAAAAGAACAUGACCUAGAAAGACGCUAUGAGCUGUUGAACCGGGAGUUGCGGGCCAUGCUUGCAAUUGAAGACUGGCAAAAGACUGAAGCCCAGAAGAGGCGAGAACAACUCUUACUGGAUGAGCUCGUCAUCCUGGUGAACAAACGGGAUGCGCUGGUCAGGGACCUGGACGCUCAAGAGAAGCAGGCCGAGGAGGAAGAUGAACAUUUGGAGCGAACCUUGGAGCAAAACAAAGGCAAGAUGGCCAAGAAAGAAGAAAAAUGUGUUCUUCAGUAACUGAGCUCCCGAGACACCGAGAACCCUUCCCGACUGUCAUGACAGUGGAGCCCAGACUAGAAGAUGGAGAUUCAUUCUUGAUUUAAAACUUAAGCAUUUUGUUUGGCCCAACUCUACUUCAUCCCACUCCCCCUUCCCCCUCCUUCCUUGGAGAAAAUCCCAAGACUUCGAAAUAGCCUUGUAUCAGGAUUUACUUGUGAGCUUGUCAUUCUUUUGAAAUUUUAUGUGAAAUAGAUUUGCACAGAAACUCUGUAGGUGAUGAAUGGUAUUGGAGAUGUUUAAGAAGCUGUUCAAGGAAGAAGAAUCUGCCUCUAAACUUUCGUUGGGAAGCAAAACUGAAAACAAAUCUGGUUGUUGUUGUUAGC